CGUCUCCCAGCCACGCGCCGGGGGAGUCUCACUCCAUCACUGUCAACGUUUCCAUCUUGCCCGUCUUUCGGAGUCUGUUCUGUUUAGAUAUAUGUAUAUAGUUUAGAAAGAAAGUGCUGCAGGAUAAGAUGGGGUGGGGAAGUGCUUCUCCCUGUGAACGUGGUUUGAGUUUCAGCUCGAGCUCGAAACGAUUGUUGUUUCCGACCGCCUUUUAACGCCCUCUUCCCCCUCCCCACAAACCUUUCCAAGAUAUAACCACAAUAAAGUUAAGGAGUGAGAACAAAAAUCGAACCGGUUCUGUAGAGGAGGGUGGGUUUUCCCCCUUUUUGUGGAGACGGGCGCAGGAGGAGGGAGAGGGUGGGUCAAUGUGACUGUGAUCUGGGCCAUUACAGGAGAGAGGGCAACUCAGCUUUAGAAAUAUAACAGAGACCCCCGGGCGGGAGGGAACAGCCAUCUCUGUGAGGCAGUAACCCAUUUUAUAACAAAAUAAAAUUGAUGCCGACUGUCCCAGGAUGGCAGGAGACUAAAAUACAGCCUUGACCUCGAAGAACUAGCGGGGUCUGUACAAUACUAACUGAAGAACAGGAACAAGAGGAGUCUGAUUCAACCUGACUUGGAAGGAGGAGACCUAAUUUAGAAUAACAAGAUUUGGGGAGGCGGGGGGAUGCCUAAUGCAGUCCGAUGUGUACUACAGAGGUGGAUGGGGUCUGUAAUAAUUGACCGAAAGGAGUGGGAUCUGGUCUGAUUCGAUCAGGAAGGAUAGGAAUGAGUGCCAAACUGAGUUCAAAUGAAGGUGAGAAAAGGGCCAGACACAGCGUCAGCAGGGAAACAGGAAUUAGACAAAACCGUUGUUAGAACGCUUCACUGCCACGGAAAAGAGGCCAACAUAGUCUGGGCUAGCAAAGUAAGAGAAAGGGACUCAUUAAGUUGUGGAGAGGUUGGCGUUCGUAGAGAAAGGAUUUGAAUUGAGGCCAGACUUGUGUUAAGAGAUUAAUGCUGAAUGCCCCUUUAACUCCGCUGAAGAUUGUUUAGAAAAUGGAUAAUUUGCCAAGUAGUAAUUCGCGAUACAAGGAUCGGAAUUACUGGGAUGAACGCUAUCACCACGAGGAGACCUAUGAGUGGUUUGGUGCGUUUUCACGCUUUGAGCAUUUGCUGAAGGAGGAGAUUCGGAGUGAUGAAACCAUCCUGGUCCUGGGAUGUGGAAAUAGCUCAUUGAGUUAUGAAAUGUUCAUGAGCGGUUAUAGAUCAAUUACAAAUAUUGAUUUCUCAGCAAUCUGCAUUGAAAAAAUGGCUUCCAAAUAUGCCACCUGCUCAGGCAUGGAAUGGAAGAUUAUGGAUGCUAAGGCACUUGAGUUUGAAAAUGAAAGCUUCGAUGUAGUAUUGGAGAAAGGUACCCUUGAUGCAAUGAUGGUGGACGAAAAGGAUCCUUGGAAUGUAUCAGAGGAAACUAUAGAAACUAUAGACCAAGUUUUGAAAGAGGUCAGCCGCGUUCUGAGGAAAGGAGGACGCUUUAUCUCCAUCACAUUUGCACAGCCUCAUUUUCGGAAGCAGCUUUAUGCCAAAAGGGAUUACAAGUGGUCCAUCAAACACCAAACCUAUGGAAGUGACUUCCAUUAUCAUUUCUACACCAUGACCAAAGGCGAAAACCUGUCUUCUGAUGAUCAGGAGCUAGAAAAUAAAUGUUCACAGAUAGCAGAGCCCCAAGCUACAGUUUAUCUCCAAAUCACAGAGAAUGAAGACUACCUCAAUAACAUUGAAUAUAAAUUUGCAAAUUAAUUCCAUGAAAGGGUGUAUACAAGCAAAAAUCUAAGCUGGUAGAAUUGAUGGGAAAUACCCAUUUGCUUACAGGCCAAAGGAAAUUUUCUACAAACUAAGUUGAUGAACACUGACCUGACACGGCAUAAAGCUAUGAUCCUUGACAUGUGGGGAAGUUCAAAUAUCUCAGCAUCUGCCAGAGAUCAUGAGUUUGUAGAAUGCAGGCUAGAAUCUGCUUGAGUCUCUCUCUCCCUCUCUCUAUUCCUACUGUAUUAUCAAGACAUCGCUUCCUGAGUUUUAAAAUAUUCUGGGGAGUGCGUCAAUGUCAUCGGGCCCCCAGAUAUCAGAGUGAGGUGAGCAGGUUGGCAGUGCACUAGUGGUUGGGGUAAAUGUGUGAACCCCUAGGUCUACACUGCCUCUCAGCCAUUUACUUCAGUCUCAUAGCAAUAUCCACUCGACUGCCAGCUCCCCCUCUUUGUUUAUAUUUUUGCUGCCUUGUUUAUCUUCCUUCACAUGUCCCUAACAGCCAACUCAUCAUCCUAUUUUCAGAAUUAGUGAUGCUUUUUCGCACCCAAUUCACUUUAUUGAAAAAAAAAGUCCUUUAAAUCUGCUCCAAACAAAAUAACAGUUAAAGUUGGCAAUUGUUGGGGGGUGAUUUGUUACUGUGGGGUGCAGCUGUUUGCUUGGUUCUAGCAUUCUCUGGGUUACCUUACUACUUAAUAGUAUACUGUAGGGGUGAGAGAUUUUGCACUUUGAGAUCCAGUAUUAUCUUUGUUCCAGCAUCUUGAUUAAAAUGUUAUCCACCACUUUAAACUUUCACUCCCUCCACUACUGGCACACAAUCAUUACAGUGUGCACCGUCUAUAAGAUCAUUGUGGCAACUUACCAAGUCUACUUAGACAGCAGCUUCCAAACGCGUGACCUCUAAAACCAAAAGGGCAAGGCUGCAGACCUAUGCACCUCUAAUUCUGUUCUUUCCUACAAGGGAAAAAUCUCUUUCUCUACAUAUUAUUAGGGGCUGGUUGACUCAGCUGUCUGAUGGCUGAUGUGGAUCAGAUUGAUGCCAAAAGUUCAGGAUUUAAUCCCCAUUCAAGCUGGGUUCAGUACAUGCUUCCUUGCCCAACCAAGAAUGGAGGUCAUGGUGUUGUUGAUCAAACCUGCCUUCAGGCAAAAAAAUUUAAGAAUACCUAAUCAGAAAGAUGUCUUCAAGAGAAAGGAAACCCAGCCUUUUUAUCAGGUCCUAAUUUUUUAUUAUCUUGCUGUUUUGCUAUCAUCUUUGCAAAUGUUUUCUGUACUUUCUCCAGUGUUACAAUGUACUUUUUCUAAAUAUGGUGAUUAGAAUUGUAAACAGUAUUCUAAGUGUUGUCUAACCAGGAUGUUGUAUUAGUAAAGUAUGACUUCUCCACUUCUCAAUUCUAUCCCUCUAGAAAACAACUUUAGUGCUUGAUUUGCAUUUUUUUAAUGACCUCAUUAGCCUGAAUUGGUACUGUUAGUGAUUAAUUGAUUUGUAUUUACAAAUCCUUUUGCUUCUGUACACUGCUCACAUUUUUAUUUUAAAUUAAUAGGUGACUUCUUUCUUUUUCCUUACCAAAAUGUAAUGCCUCACACUUAUCAACGUUAAAAUUAAUUUGUCAAUUAAUAAACUUGUAGAAAGGACAUA